AUGUUUAAAUGCAUCUAUAGAAACAGUAAAGUUCUAAAGAUUUUAGUACAUAAACUAUACUAAAUUUAAAUGUGACAAGACACGAAAAGGUAUUUAGUAUGAAUUUUCUAACAAGAAGGAUCUGUAUUUUAUUGAAUAAAGUUGGGAUAGCUAAGGAAUCAAAGGUUGUGCAACUUGCAUUUGUUAAUUAUUUUCAUAAUAAUCAACAAGUUUUGUACAAUACAUCCAAAGGCAAUAAUCAAGUUAUAGUUUAUCCUUUUCAUGUAGCAGAUAGAAAGGAGAAAGAAACAUAUUUGGAUAUCAUACGUUUAUAUGUAAAGAAUAAUAAUAUGAGAAGAGGACAAGCAGAAUUCAUUUUACAUGCUAUGAAAUACAUGGAUGAAUUUGGUGUAAACAAAGAUUUGGAUACUUAUAAAGCAUUGUUGGAUGUAUUUCCUAAAGGAGAUUAUAUACCACGGAAUAUGUACCAAAAUAUGUUGUACCAUUAUCCAAAGCAACAAGAUACUGCUCUUCAAUUGUUAAGUAAAAUGGAAUCAAAUCGUGUGAUACCUGAUUAUGAAAUGCAAGAAAUGAUCCUAAAUAUAUUUGGUGAAAAAUCUCAACCUGCAAGAAAAUUUUGGCGCAUAAUGUACUGGAUGCCAAAGUUCUGUAGACUGAAUCCUUGGCCAGUUCCAGAGCCUGCACCAAGGGAACCUAAGGAGCUUGCUUAUUAUGGGAUAAAAAAAUUAUGCAGUAUAGAUGUGCAAGCUAAAAUUACUGAAUAUAAAACAAAAGAUGUACCAGAUGCUAUGCAGGAAUUACUUGCUGUGCAAUCCACUGAUAAAUCUUUAUUUAUUGAAGGGCCUUUUAUGGUUUGGGUCGCUGAUAGUUGUCUAGACUACUUUGUAUUAAAGGGAGAACCAAUUAAAAGAGAAGUUAUUUGUGAAAGCUGGGAUGAUGUUUCUGAUUUAAAAAUUCCUUUUUGGGAGCAGCUAAACAACAAAAUACCUGUUACUAUUCAUGAACAAGAUGAUGGUGUGUAUUAUGCAAUAUGUUUCACUGGCACAUCCUCUAAAGAUUCUUUGCUAUCCUGGAUAAGGUGUCUACAAAAAACAAAUCCUGCUCUAAACGACAUACCAAUAGUUUUCAAAAUAAGAUCAGCUGUAGAAAUACCAUUGUAUAUAGAAAAAGAUACAGGGUCUAAUGAUUCAAUGGAUAAUCAGGAUACAAAAAUGUUGAAAGAUAAAAAGUAGUUGAAAUGAGUAAAU